AUGUCGUCCUUUUUCACAACCCCGGGCGCCCAGAAGAAGAGAAAGCGUCCAGCAGCCACAGAAGUCCCCAAGAAGCGAUUGGCGACCACAAAAUCAUCCUCCAAAUCCGCGACAAGAGGCCCCACCAAGCCCGCCGCGGCUCCCAAGAAAAAGAAGGACAUUGAGCGCGACGAAGACAUAUCCGGCAGUGAACUCGAUACCGAGAACGAAGACGAUGACAUUGUCAGCAGAAGCGGCUCGGAUGAUUCCGACAACGAGGGCGAGACCGCCGCCGAGAAGCGUCUGAGACUCGCGCAGCGCUACCUCGAGAAGACGCGAAAGGAAGUCGACGAGCUGCAGGACGAGUACGCCUUCGAUGCCGAGGAAAUCGACCGCGAUCUUUUGGCCGAGCGCCUCCAAGAGGACGCCGCCGAGACCAAAGGCAAGGUCUACCGCAAGCUCGCCCCCGAACUCGACUUCCCCCACGCCGACCCCAUCCAGUUCCGGUGGAACUCGGGCACCGUCACCUCCGUCUCUGUCUGCCCUCCGUAUGCCUACACAACCACAAAAGACGGUUACCUCACCAAAUGGAAGCUCCAAGACCUCCCAAAGAACCAAUGGCCUCAAACCACCCGCAAAAAGCCCAAGAAGCCCCCUGCCCCUCCCAAGCGCAGACCUGAGCGCAUCGCCUUUGUCAAGUCUCAGCCCCUCAAAGCCAAGGAUAAGACCUUCCAAGGCCACACCGCGGCUCCAAUUACAGUAAAAGCAUCCCAAGACGGCAAGUUUGUCGUCACCGGCGGCCUCGACCGCAAGCUGGUCGUCUACGACGCCGAGACCCUCAAGCCUAUCCGAGCCUUCACCCAGCACCGCGACGCCGUCACCGGCAUUGCCUUCCGCCGGGGCACCAACCAGAUCUUCUCCUGCUCCAAGGACCGCACAGUCAAGGUCUUCUCCCUGAACGAAUUGGCGUACGUCGAAACAUUGUUCGGCCACCAAGACGAGAUUAUGGACGUGGAUGCCUUGGGCCAGGAGCGCUGCGUGUCAGUCGGCGCGAGAGAUCGUACAGCCCGUUACUGGAAGGUGCCUGAGGAAUCUCAGCUUGUGUUUAGAGGUGGCGGUGAGGGCGGGUCGACCAACACCAAGAAACACAAACUUCCGGCCGGGCUGAAUCCAGCGAGCGCUGCUCAUGAGGGGUCAAUGGACAGAGUCGCGAUGUUGGAUGACGAGAUAUUUGUCACGGGCAGUGACAAUGGCGAUUUGGCGCUUUGGAGCAUUCAGAGGAAAAAGGCUUUGCACGUGGUUGCGAGAGCGCAUGGUCUGGACCCUGCGUUGACUCCUAGGGAGCUUUCUGGUGGGAAUCCGGAGGAUUUUAACCCUAAGGAUAUUCCUGCCCCUCAGCCAAGGGGUAUCACAGCUUUGAGAACGGUUCCUUACUCGGAUCUGAUCUUUAGCGGGAGCUGGGAUGGGAGUGUCAGGGUGUGGAGGCUGAGUGAUGAUAAGAAGAAGAUUGAGAGGGUGGGUGUUCUGGGGCAGCCAAUAGACUCGGAGGACAGUGGCGACAAGGAAGAGAAGAGUCUCGCGAGGGGAAUCGUGAACGAUCUUGCCGUGUUUGAGAGAGGGGAGAGAGGCAAGGACGGACUCUGCGUGGUGGCGGUUACCGGGAAGGAGAUGAGACUUGGGAGGUGGAAGUACAUGAAGGAGGGGAGAUGCGGGUUGGUAGUUUAUGAGGUGCCUAAGAAUGUGGUUGACAAGAAGAAGGAGGAGGAGACUAAUGGGCAUGCCUCCGGUGAGGAAUAA